AGUCACAAAACAUUCAUAUAAAUAUAAAUUGAGUUUGAAUAGAUUUGGAGCAGUGAAAACAACGAACAAUGGGCAGAAAAUUGCGAAUGGUGCCAAUACUCAUACUUGUAAUGUGCUGCGAUUCCAUAAUGGGUGGCCUCAUCCGAAGUAAACAAACGUGGACAUAUCGCAUCAGAUCGACCAGAAUGGCGACCAACAAUGAAUCGGUGGCCGGUGGUGAAACGCAUCUGGAUCGCGAAGGUCGCGGCGAAUACACGAUGAGUGGUUACUUGUACCUCAACGUGGACGUUCCCAAGGAUCUUGAGGGCGAGGUUAAUAUCUAUCGCAGCAACGACGGUGGCGAAACAUAUAAACUCGAACCCUAUUCGGUACCGCGUACAGGAGUCUACCAAGCGAUGAACACCUACUACAAGGAUAUGAUCAUGCCAUCCGCGGCCAAUUGUUCCAAUUUUCCGCAAUUCAAGGACAAACUCGAACUGAUUGCAGCUCAGAAAUUUACGUACAACACGUGUGUUUUGAGCCCCGAUGUAUUUCCCACUUAUCUGCCCGAUGGCAUUUACAAAUUCGAAAUGAAAUCCUUCGGAUUGAUUGAGCUCUUUUUUGAGGCACUCGUCGAAGUGACGCAGAAAACCUUCUGAGCUGCAAUGCAAUUAGCUAAAAUCAACAGCAUCGAUUUUAGUCUUGGUUAAUGCAUCAUAAUCCGCAUUGUCACUUACUUAUUUUCUGUUAUUUUAUAAACUGUAAAGGCGUAUCAAGCAAUUAAGAUAAACUAUUUACUCUGCCGCAUAAAUUGUAUUGCUAAAAGCCUAUUAAAAUAAGCCCAUAAAAGUGGUUUAACAUUAAUGGACACCGUGACAUUGCCGCAAAUACCCCGACCCCAUUAAGAAUCUGCA